UUAAAAUGGAAAAAAAAGAAUUGCAAAAAUUAGCCCAAAAAAUCCAGUUAGAAAUAAAAGAAGAGGAAGUGCCAAACUGUUUGGAGACUUUUGAACACUUGGAAAAAUUAUUGGCCAACUUUAAAAAAGAACGAGUUGGGGAAAAAGUUAAACCCAUGGCCGGAAUUAACGUCGGCCACCUAACCUUAAAGGAUUUAACUAGAUUAAAAAAAGAGUUUUCCCAACUAAGAAUUAGCAAAAAAGCCCGGGGGAAAAACUCUCUCAGCACCGCCGAUGACUUCGUGUUAUUUAAAAAAUAA